AUGAAAAAAUUUAAAGACCAUCAGAUUGAAGGGGUAGAGUGGAUGUGGGAGAGAGUUAGGAAUCGGAAGGGCGUUGUAUUGAGUGAUGAAAUGGGGACAGGGAAGACCCUUCAGUCUUUGGAGAUAAUUCAGAGAGUCUGGAACUCCAUUGGAAAGUCAGUUCUUAUUGUCGCACCGUGCACCCUCCUGCACAACUGGGAGAAGGAAAUGGAGAAGUUUCAGUUUCCAAUUCCUGCCCGAAUUGUUAGAUCUAGUGACACGAAU